AUGGCUCAAUUAAAAAACAACACUACUUAUCUUAAAUUAAACACAGGUGCUUCUAUCCCAUCUGUCGGUCUAGGUACCUGGAAAUCUACUGGUGAAGAUGAUGGUUAUAAAUCCGUGAUUAAGGCUCUAGAAGUAGGUUACAGACAUAUUGACACUGCUGCUAUUUACAAAAAUGAAGAUCAAGUUGGUAAAGCAAUCAACGACUCUGGUGUUCCAAGAUCAGAAAUCUUUGUCACAACAAAAUUAUGGUGUACUCAACAACAUGACCCUAAGGAAGCCUUAGAACAAUCCUUAAAGAGAUUGGGUCUAGAUUAUGUAGAUCUUUACUUGAUGCACUGGCCUGUUCCAUUAAAUCCAAGAAGUAUCAAAGAUGGUAACUAUUUAACUAUCCCAUUCAAGGAAGAUGGUACUCGUGAUGUUGAAAUUGAUUCUUGGAAUUUUAUCAAGACUUGGGAGCUAAUGCAAGAACUACCUGCUACUGGCCUAACUAAAGCUAUCGGAGUCUCCAAUUUCUCUAUCAACAAUAUCAAAGAUUUAUUAGCCUCUCCUGGUAACAAAAUUACCCCAGCUGCUAAUCAAGUUGAAUUACAUCCCCUAUUACCACAGCAAGAAUUGAUUGAUUUCUGUAAAUCUAAGGGGAUUGUUGUCGAAGCUUACUCUCCUUUAGGAAGUAAUAAUGCUCCAUUAUUAUCUGAAAAGAUUGUUAUUGAAGUUGCCAAGAAGAACAACGUCACCCCUGCCGAAGUUGUUAUUAGCUGGCACGUUCAAAGAGGUUACGUUGUUUUGCCAAAGUCUGUUAACCCAGACAGAAUUACAAGUAACUUGAAGACUUUUGUCUUAUCUGAAGAAGACUUUAAGGCUGUUUCUGAAAUUUCUAAGAUCCAAGGUGAAAAGAGAGUAGUUCUUCCAGACUGGGCUCCAUUUAUUCCAUUUGUGUAA